AUGGUAUACGAAUCUGAUUUCUACACGGUGAGGAGGCCAUACAGCCGCCCGACCAUCACUUCCUACUCAGUGACGGCACCACGAAUAAGCGUGACAACAUGGAGGGUGAAGCCUUCGAUCCGAACAUCCGUGCUUAUUGGCGAGCUGGACCGAAUCCAUCAUAGAUCCAGGCCACACCUGUCCUACGUUCCAACCGAAGACUUCCUCAACUCUCGACCCCUUGUUGAUUUUGACGAUGAAACUAAAAUUAUAAGAGCCGAAACCGAAAGAUUAAUGAAACGCAUCUACACUUCCGUUCCUCACCCCCGAACUACUACCCCACUGCAAAUUCUGCCGUAUUAUGGGCACCGCACUUAUGACAAAUAUGAUUCUCAUCGUCACUAUAACACUGUCUCAGAUGACAUUUUCAACAUGUCUCAUUAUAAUGAACCAUCUGCACGAACAAUAGGAAGAGGGCACUUAGCAUGUGUAUCUUUUGCUGGAGGUCGUGGUUAUCCAAGAAGAAAACAUUUAUAUCUGGAUGAAAAUAGAGACAUUCAAGAUGAAAUUAAAUUCAGAUCUUACUAUAAUAAAAACAGAGCUUAUGAAGAUGCCAUGUCUCUACCAACAGGAUUUGCUUCUUACUUAUUAAGACUACAACCAGAUAACCGAAAUGGAACACUAACUAGCACUGAAAAGCUUCACAUAACAAAUAUCCUUAAAGAAAGAAAAAGUAAAAUUUCUGCUGAUGAAAAUAAGAAAACUACUGCUGCAGCAAUGAAUGACCCUUCAGAAAAGAAAACUUCAACUUAUAAAUCCCAAGCUGAAAAUGAAACUGUCAUACCUAUUGAAAGGGAAAUUAAACCAUAUAAAUAUAAAUCAAAAGACCCAAAAACAUAUGAAAAUCAUGUAUCUGAAAUUAAUGAUACAAUAAAUUCUUCAAACACUCACAUAGCAGAAGAACCACAGCGAAAAUCAAGUGAACCAAAACUAGCACCUGAGCUAUUUCCGAUUGUUCAACCAGAAGAGAGAGUUAUUGAAAUCAAUGCUGAACCUAAACAACGAAAAGAAAGCAUAAAAUCGUCCCGUAAGACAAAAACAAAAGUUCAAUCGGAAGAAAAAGAAGUAAAAUUUCAAACAAAACCACAAGAUGAUGAGAAACCAAAGGAAGUUUCAGAAACUGAGAUCAUAAUAAAACCAGAAAAAGUGCAAGAGGAACAGUCCAACACUCAAGAACCAAAUUUAUCUGAUGCUACAGAAGUUGUAAGGCAGGGACCAGUAACUGAUACUCUUGCAGAAGGGAUAAUAAAUGAAUCAAAGAAUGAACUUGAUACAGAACUUAUCAAGGAUGAUUCUAUUAUAGCUACCGAACCACUAGUAGACACAGAAUCAUCGAUCGCUACAGACACCCCAAUUACUACAGACACUCUAAUUGCUACAGAGGCUCCAACUGCUAUAGACACCCCAAUAGCUGCAGAACCUCCAAUAGUUGAAGAAUCUCCAAUAGCUGCAGAAUCUCCUGUAACACCUCAAAUGACAAUAGCAACAGAAGAAGAAAAUAUUACUGCUGAGAAUGAAGAAAGUAACAUAAAAAAUAUCGAAGAGAAUUCAUCUGAAGGCAUUCAAAAUCAAAUUGCAGAAGAAAAUAAAGAUAUUUCAGAGCAAAAUUUAAAUAAAACUAUAAUUGAAAAUGAUGAAAAAGUUCUUGAAGUAGUAGAUAAAAAAGAAAGUGAAAAUAUUUUGACAAGUGAAAAUGAUGUUUCGUCAAAUAUUCAAGAAAGCAUUAUAGAAACUGCCGAAGAAACCAUGUUUCAAACUAGGCAGGUCAUAGUAUCUUCAAUGGUCCAGGAAACUACUGAAGUAGUAGUCACAAGCAAUCAAAUUGAAAACAUGUAUCAGGAAAGUGGAAAUGGGCAAGAUAUACUUGGUCUUGAGGACAAAACCACAUUAAGAGAAACUCCUGAACUGACUCGAUCUACAGAAGUAGCUAGCAACCAAGACGAAUUUGAAGACUCGAUAAAUACUAAAGAAAUCAGAUCAGAGGAUCUCCUGAAUAGGCUGAACACAGAAGCCUCCAAUGAUUAUAAAACUCCUCAGGAAAAAAUCAUAGAAAUAGAAAUUGAAAGGCCAGAUGACUUAGAACAUAUAAUAGAAGAAGUUACCGAUUUACGUUCUCAUGAUGCACAGAGGGAAUCUGACACAGAGCCAUUGGUUGAAGAACCACAAUCUCCAGAAUCCGAAUUAAUUUAUAACAAAAUUACAACAAAUGAAAUUUGUGAGGUAUUAUCUGAUGUCUUGGAAGAAGCCUGA